AUAUAGUUUUUAUUUGAAAAGUAAUAUAUUUAUAAUGGCAACUCCAAUCGAACUCUUGCAGAACGAAGUCAAGGCUGAACUUGGUGAUUCAGUCACAAUCAUUGUCCUUGGUGCUUCUGGUGAUUUAGCAAAGAAAAAGACCUAUCCUGCUCUGUUUGGUCUCUUCCGCAACGGCUUCCUUCCCAAAAACACCCACAUCGUCGGCUAUGCACGCACAGGCAUGUCACACCAGGACUACCUGGAGCGUAUCACCCAGUACAUCAAGCCAGGCGACAACAACGAACACAAGUCCAAAAUCGAAGAAUUCAAAAAGAUCACCUCUUACGUCUCUGGUCUCUACGACAAGGACGAGGCCUGGCAGGGUCUCGACAACGCUGUCAAGAAGAGCGAAAAUGACCGCAAGAUCCCAUCCGGAAACAAGCACCGUAUCUUUUACAUGGCCCUACCCCCCUCCAUCUUCAUCCCCGUCGCCAAGGGUGUCAAGAAGAAUGUCUAUGGCCACGAAGGUGUCAACCGUCUCAUUGUAGAAAAGCCAUUCGGUAUGGAUUCAGAGAGCUCAAACCACCUUGCUCAUGAAUUGGGUCAACUCUUCAAGGAGGACGAGAUCUAUCGUAUUGAUCAUUAUCUCGGAAAGGAAAUGGUCAAGAACGUAAUGAACAUGAGAUUUGCAAACAUCUUCUUUAGCAAUGUCUGGGACCGCAACUAUAUCGACAAUGUCCAGAUCACUUUCAAGGAGCCCUUUGGCACCGAGGGCCGUGGUGGCUACUUUGAUGACUUUGGCAUCAUCCGUGACGUGAUGCAGAAUCAUUUGCUUCAAGUCUUGUCUCUCAUUGCCAUGGAGCGUCCCAUCUCAACCGACGCCGAAGCAAUCCGUGACGAAAAGGUCAAGGUGCUCAAGUGCAUCAGCCCAAUUAGCCUCGACGAUGCUCUCUUGGGCCAGUACGUGGCUGCCAAUGGAAAGCCCGGCUAUCUCGAGGACGAGACACUGAAGAACAAGGAGAGCCGUACCCCAACCUUUGCCGCCCUGGCCUGUCACAUCAACAACGAGCGCUGGGAGGGUGUGCCGUUUAUCCUCAAGGCCGGUAAGGCUCUUAACGAGGCCAAGGUUGAGGUCAGAAUCCAGUUCAGACACGUGCCCGGAAACCUCUAUGGCGGCUCGGCUCGCAACGAACUUGUGAUGCGCAUCCAGCCCAAGGAAGCUGUCUACAUGAAGUUCAACAACAAGCAGCCCGGCCUGUCAUACCAGACUAUCCAGACCGAUCUCGACCUCUCCUACCACAAGCGUUACACUGAACUGUCUAUCCCGGAUGCUUACGAAUCUCUCAUUCUGGAUGUCUUGCGCAACGACCAUUCCAACUUUGUCCGCGAUGAUGAACUAGAGGCUGCCUGGAAAAUCUUUACCCCUCUCUUGCACAAGAUUGACGGUAAGAACAAGAAGAGUGCCGAAGGAAAGGAUUCUGGCGAUGACUUGAAAAUCACCACAUACGCCUACGGUUCCCGCGGUCCAGCCGAGCUGGAUGAAUUUGUAAAGUCCCACGGUUAUGAUCGCACUAAUGCUCAUUACUCCUGGCCCCAUCAAAGUGUUGCCGCUCUUUCCAACAAGCUUUAAUUUUGUUAUGUUUUUCUUUUUCUUUAAAUAUUUGCAUUCCAUUGUAUACAUCUUCUAUAUCCCCCCCCCCAUCUCCAAUCCUAUCUCUCUAUCUUUUCUCCCACCUCUUUCCCCUUUACCUCCUCACCUUGACACUUCUUCUUCUUUCUAUUUACAUAACAUGACAUAAAGUCAUAUAUAAAUAAAUAAACAAAUAAAUAUAUAUAUAUAUAUACAGC